AUGCGAGUGGCAAUAUGGCUAUACUGCCUGGUCAUCCCGCCGCCUUGGCACUCUUUGCGGCGAGACUACUGCAAGGCGUGCAGUCAACCCACUGCGGAGGCAAAUGAAGCUUCGGAUGCGCGGCUGCGCAGCACUCGUCUCCAUCUGCCUGGACCGCCGCGCGAAAUGAAGUGGGCUCCAUGCCGUCGGAAGGUGAAGCUACUUGCACCAGACGAUGGCGCGAUCCAGGCACAAAGGGGCGCGCAGCGACCCCACAUUUGCAUACACAAUCAACACGCAUCGCUGCAAUUUUCGCAACCCACCAUCCCCAUCGUCGGUGACCAAUUGGCCGGCGAGCGGGUGCUACUGGAAACCAUCGUGGCCUCGCCUUUGAGAGAGGCUCGAAAAGGUCCAAGCGGCUGUGCUGGAUUCUACGGGCUAGUUCAGGCGGCUUGGGCGGGUGUUGUCAUGAAGCUAGGCGAUAAGGCUCCGCAGCGUCCGUCAAGACCCGAGCAUUUGCCGCUCUCGCCGCUCUCGUCCCAGCGCCGCUUCCGUCGGCAUCUGCAUGCCUCAGGCUCGGAUGCCUCUAGCUUGCGCCUCGGUCGUGGCUCGCUCAACAUCGGCACAGACAAGCUCAAGCUUUCUUGGCGAUCUUAUCGCGCGGGUCAGAUCAAAUUUGGGCGCUCGCAUCGUGAUGCUCACCAUUGA